AUGGUCUGUAUCUCGUCGAGCUUGUUCUCUUCUAGCAAAAGUCCCCCCAACAUCGCAGAGUUGCCGCCGCGGCGGCGGCGCUCUUCGUUGAUCCGCUUGGAGGAUAACUACGACCCCGUCUCCGGCCUCUCUUCUCGCUCGGCCUCGGGGGCUCCUGCAGUCCCCCCCACCGCUUCUUCGUCCCCUGCUUCCCCCUCUGCCUCGGCUCUCUUCUCUGCCUCGCCCUGGCGACUGGGCGUCGCAGCGCCUGGGCACGACUCGCCCUCCUCGCCGUCUGCCUCGUGGGGGGGGGCGCCGGCCGCCUACGCGCACCACGCAGCCGCGUUCUCUCCUCUGCAGCCGCAGGCCGCUCGCCCGCAAGGAGCCCUCGGGGCUGCCCAAGCUCUUGCAGAGAGCGGGCGCCACGGGGGCACUCGCAGAGGAGCGAGGGACGGUCAGAGUGGCGAGGACGCAGAGCGUGAGCACGAAUCGCAUUGGAGCGCAGUCGGGCGCCGGCAGGCCGCAGACGAGGUCGCCGGCGAGCGCCUCCUCUACCCAGCGCCUCUCUGGAAUGAGUCCUGCCCAGCGGACGGCUUUGUCGCCUCUUCGCCGCCGUUCGCGGCGCUGAGCUCUCGGGAGCUAGACGACAGGCCGGCAGUCUACGGAGGAGUCCCCCGCGGACUGCGCGAGGAGAUGACCUUCUUUGAGCAGAUUAGCCAGCAGCUGAGGGGGCUGCAGCUCUUGUGCGAUCGCCAAAAAGCAGAUGCUCUCCGCGCGCCGAUCGACGCGGCCUGCAGCAGGGAGCCUUCGAUGCUUUCUUUUGGGCGCUCGGUGUCUGGGACUUUGUCUGCCGGUUUGGCGUGUCCGCUCGCUUUCGUCUGCGCAUUUGACCGCGAGACGGAGGAGCUUUACUGUUGUUUUUCUUCACUGCCUCUUCUUCACCGCCUUCGUCCUUCGUCUUCCUUGUCGAGUUUGCCGCCUCGUGCGAUCUCGGCACCUCGGGCUCCGUUCGACGACCGCCAGGCGGCUUCUGCACUCGCGGCUGUCUCGUCCGCUCUUCAUUCGUCGUUCGCGCCGCGGCCGCAGCUCUGUCGCGCGGCAACGGAGACGGCGUUCAAGGGACGCGACCGCCGUCUCCGCCAGGAGCAGUCGCCCAGUAGACGGGCUGCAGGGGGCGCGGCUGUCUCCUCGCCGCGGCCCUGGCCACGGCACUCGACCUCCUUUCCGCCUUGCGUCCCUGGGCGCCCCUCCUUGUCCUCCCCCUCGACACUGACGCCUCCGACGUCUCGUGUGCCUUCCGCGCAGUGUCUCGAGGCCGCAGGAAGGUGUGGAGCGGCGCAGGAUUCGGCUUCUGCGCGGAGACAGCGCGAGGAGGGCAGCGCCGAGGGCGUCCUGCAGCAGCAGAUGAAGGGCGCGGCCGCGCAGCGACGAGCGGCGGCGCGACACGAGGAGGAGGGGCGUAGGGAGGCGGCCUUGCCGGGGGAAGACGGCGCGCAGCGAGAGGAGAAGGCCGCGACGAAGAGGAGUUUUUUCAGUCUGAUCAGAGGUCGGGACCUGAAGCGGGGGAAAGAAGACGUGGAGAAGGGAGCCUCGACAGGUCAGCCAGCAGGUGAAGGCCUGAGAGCCUCGGGCCUCCAUUCCUGGUUUCGGCUGGCUCGAGAGGAGCCGAAGAGACACCAAGUCGAAGAGGCCGCAGUGGAGAAGCGAGCACUGAGCCGCGAGCGAGACGGCAGGGGAGUUGAUGAAGACCCGAGAGAUCAAGUCGAGUUUCUCGAUGCCGAGGGAGGCGACGAAGACGAAUGGAGCGGUCCUGCGUGCUUUCGAGCAGAGACGGCGCACGAUGAAACCCUUGUCCAGCAGCUCCACCAAUUUCUGCGCUGGCGCAUCGUGGACGACCGCCGCGCGACAGACACGGUGUCCUUCACGCUGUCGCCGCUGGACAGCUUGGUGUCUCCUCCCUCCACUCGGCACGCGUCCACUGUCGCGCCUGCGCCUCCCGCGCCUGCGCCUCCCGCGCCUGCGCCUCCCGCGCCUGCGCCUCCCGUGGCUUCGCAUCUGCCGCCGUCGCCGCUGGCGGGCGCGAUGAUGGAGCGUCAGCGGCAGGAGCCACCGUCGACGCAGGUGUUUCGUCUGCACGGCGCGGAGCGGGCGAGAGAGGAAGCGAAGCGCGCCCAGCAGCGAAGCGUGAACGGCGCGACGCGAGCCAGCGAAGAGGAAGAGGGCGAGGGGGGGCUGCAAGCGGAGGUGACGCGGGGGAGAGAGCGGAAAGGCAGCCGCGACCUCCUCCUGCAAGACAGCGCCGAGCGGGACGCGGAUUUCCUCCUCAUGGACGGCCGCGAGGGCUUUGUCCUCUCGCCGCACACAGGCUGCAUCGGCAGUCUCCUUCACCGCGUGCAAGACCGAACCGCGGCUGUUUUGUACGACCCCUCGACGGACGCCCUCCUCUGGUCCCAAGCCGAAGUAGCUUCGCUCUCUCGUCAGACGUCGGCGCGCUCGGCGUCGCCUCGCUCGGCGCCGUCUCCUCCGUCCCUGUCGUCGUCUCCCGCGGGAUCGGACUCGCCGUCUUCUGUCCCGGAGAGCUGUGUGGGGGAGGCCGCCGAGGCGCCGGACGGGGGCCGCGCCGCGGCCCCUGGGGGGUCGCGGGCCUUCGAGCAGCCUGUCGCCCCGCCGCUUCGCCUGCUGGUCAGAAAGCUGAACGACCGCACGCACAGUCGCCUGUGGGAGCUGAUGGAGGAGUCACGCAUUGACUACUCGCUGCCUUCGGAGCGGAGACGGGGGCCGUCGCCUGUCGGAGACGGAUUCUUCUGUCGGCGCGGCGACAAGCCCGCGGCGUCUUCGGCCUCGCUCCCGAAGGCCUUCGGCUCUCCACGCACGCCUGUGGUGCCGCGGCUCACCGCCUCGUCUUCGCUGCCCUCGGCGCGCGCGCUGCUCGCUCCGUCCCCGCGGCAGCCUGCUCACGCGCUCUCAGCGUCCGCGUCGUCGUCGUCCGCCAGAGUCUCUGCGUCGCUGGUGGCGGAGAGCGGCAAGGAGGCGGGGAAGGGUCGCUCCCCGGUCGGGCCGCUCGCGUCGUAUUCCGCGGAGGAGAUGGGGGGACGAGGCGCGAAGAGAGAUGUGUCGAGGGACUCCAACGCGCAAAGCCCUGCAGAAGCAGAGGCGGCGAAUGGAGGGAACGCGAGGGCGACGGGCAGCGCCGGGCUCGCUGGGGUCAGGCGAACCUCCCGCAGCGAGCCUCUCGCCAGCCGCGAGAGUGCAGCGAACCACACCCCCGCGUCGCCCGCACGGGCUUCUUCGCUCGAUAGUCGCUCGCCGUGCGCGUCUCCGCGCGGGCUGGGGGCCUCUGCGUCGGGCGCCAAUGUCGGGCUCAUGCGGGGCGGCGCGCCGUUGGGCGAGUCUGGAGGCCGGCGCGGUCGCGGCGCGGAGACGCCCGCGAGAGCCUCGGCGUCGCCGCCGUACUCGCCGGGCGCCUCGAAGCCUGCCGCAGCCGAGGGGCCCGGGGACGGCGUGCGACUGAGCCGCGACGGCGCGGCUCUCAUGGGGCUGGUCGUCUGCGUGAAGCCCGCGGCAGCGCCCUUCGAGGGCGAGCAGAGACUGCUGGACGAACUCGGCGAUCGCCUUGAGCAAGUGCUGCUCAACGUCCUCCACGUCGAGUGGCUAGAGAGAGAACGCACCAAAAAGGCGCUUCAACUGGAACUCCACAAAUCAGUCUUCCAGGAGACUUUGAAUCCCAUCAAGAAAGUGGAGAGGUUCCUGUCGUUGAUUCACACGACUUUGAGAGUCGAGCAGGUGGCCUUCUUCAUCGUGGAUGCGCAAAACAACUCGUUCGUCUGCCUCGGAGGGGCGCUCAAAGCCCGUGGCCUCACCCUACCCUAUUCGCAUCCGCUGCUGGGCGAAGCGACGCGGCAAGGCGGAAGAAUCGUCAUCUGCAACGAAGUUCCGCCUGGCCUGAACAAAGAAUACGACGACCUCGCGGGAAUUCAAACUCGCGCGGCGAUGGUAGUCCCGCUGCUCAACGCGCAAGGCUUUGUGAAGGCAGUUCUUCUGCUUGUCAAUCGCUCGGUGUGCGCACUUUCGUCGUCGGCGUCGCGGCAUGCCCAGCCGGCGGGCUACCUCUUCUCCUCGUCCUCGCUGCCUGGCUUGUCGCCGCAGCCCUCCGGCGAGGCGGCGCCCCCAAGCGCGUCCUCGGAGCCGCAGCGGGCCUGUCGCCCCUCCGCGUGGGUCCUUUCCUCUGCGUCCCUGCCGCUGCUGCCGGCGGUCUCGCCGUUGCGGAAAGCGGCCCGCGACUCCCGGGCCCGCGGCGGCCGUGUUAUAUUCGGAGACGCGGCGCGAGGCGAGCGCGCGGGCGCGGAGGACGAAGCGGCCGAAGAGUUGCGGGGCAGGGAAGGCAGGGAGAGGCCAGACCCGAGACGCGGCGCGGGGGACGCGAUCGUGUGCGCCUGCCCGCUCUGCAACGCAGCAGAGAGACAGAAGCUCUCUUACGCAGACCAACUGCUGCAGGCGCUCACAGUCUCGAACGAACUCAGAGUCUGUCAUAAGUUCACAAGAGAGGACGAGGUGUACCUGCGCUGCAUUCAGUGCGAGAUUCAGAACGCGCUCGGAGGCGCCUUGACCAACGUGUGCGUCGCAGGGAUGACGCUGCUGCGUCCCAUGGUGACGAUGGUGUCCUACGUCGUCGCCGAGGCAGACAGCGCUCUUGCGCUCCUGCCUUCCAGAGGCGCAGACCACGUGCUGGCGGAAAUCAAGACGAUCGUGGAGGAAGACAAGAAGCAGAUGCUGCGCCGCCUCAGGCGGUCCCAGUCCCUGGCGGUCGACCUCGACGAGUCCGCCGGGCGGCGGUCGCCACGUUCGCCCUCCUCGUCGCCCUCGUCGCCGCUCUCCGAGGAGGAGGGACAGCGGCGCCUCCGGUCGUGGGGCGAAGACGCCGCAGCGGUGCCGCGCCGCGCUGCCGAUACAGGCGAUGCGAGCAAGGCGGGCGAGGCGCCUGUGGAGAGACCGGCGCAGACAAGCGGCGCGCGCGAGGAGAAACGCGAGGAAGCUGUCGGGCGGGCGGGGCGAGAGCGAAGACGGCCGGUGUCGCCCCCGUACACGGCGCUCGCCGCGCCCAGCUGGCGCAGGCGGGAAGCGCGAGAAGCGGGGGAACAAGCGAAUGGAGGAAAAGGCGAGCAGACAGAAGACGAUCCACUCAGCAACGACGCAGAGAAGCGAAGGUCGACGGUCAUGGGCCUCGCGAAUAGCCGCGACGAAGCCGCCACAGGCGGCUUCCGAACGAAGCAGCUGUCGCCGGUGGCGUCUCUGCAGCGGUUCAGCACGGCGCCUUGCAAGGUUUCGCCGUCUCGGGGAUUUUUGAGCAGCGUCGGUUUUCCUUUUUCCUUCCCAUGGUCGUUUUCGUCGCUGGACACCGAGGAGGAGCCGCUCUCGCCGGCCUGCGGGCGCUCGGAGGUGGGCGAGAGUCCGCUGCUGGCCUCCGGCAUCCGCCGGAAGCGCGAGACGCCGACGCUCCUCUCGCUGCAGAGCUUCGGGCGCCUGCGCAGGCGGCGCAAGCGCAACUCGAGCUCGGCCCCGGGCGACGAGGCUACGGACGAACACGCGACGGCCAGCGGCGUCUCCUGGCGAGAAGAUGAAGAGGAGGAAGAAGGCGACUGGGCGGAGGACGCGAGUGCCCACGCCCACGCUGGGUUUCUGGGCGUGCAGCCCAGGGACGCUACGCAGACUCGCGGGCGCGGGAGAGAGUGGCGCCGCGAGUCAUCCGCACCUUCGGGGGGCGGCGCGGAGACGCACGACCAAGGACGGCGAGAGAGAGCGAGAGACGGGGCGGAGGGUACCGACGCGGUCGACGGCAGCCUCGGCACGGGCGGCUCGGGCGCGUCCUUCGACCGCGUCCCAGGAGCCCACGGCGCCGCCAGCGGCGCGCACGCCCAUCGGAGGAAACUGAGCGAGAAAAUCGCAGAGAGAGGACGAAACUCCGCCGGCGACGAUCGCUUCCCACUCCUCAGAGGAACGAAGCGGCGGAAGCGCGCGGCGUCGCUCCCCAGCCUCGUCUUCUCAGCUGCUUUGGACAAGUGCGAGAGGCACAUGAAGGCCAUCAGGAAGGAACUGAUCCUGGCGCAGUACCGCGGGUGGGACUUGGACGUCUGGCGGCGCAGCAGCAACGAGAUGGAAGUUUUCUUCUUGCUGGCACUCGAUGACUUGCAGCUUCUCGAGCGCCGCGAGGAAAAGAAGCUCCGGCAGUUCUUCGCGAUCAUUCGCGACGGCUACCACACCGACAAUCCGUACCACAAUUUUUACCACGCGAUCCACGUUUUCCAGGUCUGUUGGAUGUUCCUAACCACGUGCGGCUGCUCCAACAUCCUCAGCCCCGUUGAGCAGCUCGGCAUUCUUCUCGCAGCGCUGUCUCACGACGUAGAUCACCCUGGAGUGAACAACGCGUUUCUCCGCGCGAGUCUGCAUCCGCUCUCCAUCAUGUACAACGACAAGGCUGUCCUCGAGAAUCACCACGCUGCAUUUGCCGUGCGAACGAUGAUGGAGUUGAACAUGUACGGCGCGGCCGAGCGGCGCGUUGCCUUGGAGUUGCUUUCGCCUGCGGGUGACGCGAAGGCUGGCGGAGGGAGCCUCGCGCGCGUGGACGAACGCGACGACCGCGUCGUGCCGUCUUUUGCAGAUUUGAGGAAAAUCGUGAUUCAGGCGAUCUUCUCGACAGACAUGGAGCUCUUCAGACAACACCACGACGCCAUGAAGCGCCGCGCGCAGAUGAAAACCACGGACCGCGAUGAGCUGGAAGGCGAAGACGACCGGAAUCUCCUGGUGACUUGCUUGAUUCACUGCGCGGAUAUCUGCAACCCAGUCAUGAAUGGAGGACGAAACGUGCAAUGGGCUUCACUAGUCACGCAGGAAUUCAACGCGCAGGUCGAUCUCGAAAAACGCCUCGGCCUCCCUGUGUCGGUCUUCAUGGACGCGCGAACCGAGCUGCAAAGGACACAGUCGCAGAUCGGAUUUCUUUCCUUCGUCGUCCUGGAUCAGUUCCGGGCGCUCGCAGACCUUCUGCCGGCAGUCUCUGAGUUGGUCGCGCAGGGCGAGCGAAACCUCGAGAUGUGGCAGCGCGCCCUCGACGCGCUCAAAGCCGCGGAGGAAGCGAAGGCCGCCGGUGAGCAGUACGAAGAGCCUCCUAGCAAUUUCUCGUUCCGCCUCAAGGAUUUGAAAUUCGGUGGCAUGCGCGGCGUGAAGUGUUUCGGCUUCAUUCGAAGCCAGGAAUUCGACGGCUACCGGCCGCCCAGCUUGGACGCAUGA